AUGGGAUCGGUGGACAUCUAUAGAGCGGGCGACGACAACUUCGGCAUAGAAUUCCAGCCCAAGCAAGAGGCUGGCAGUACGCAUGGCGGAAAAGAGGUUGACACCAGCAAGGAGACAACAUCCAGUCAAAACGCUCAGGAUCCUCCGCGUCUCCAAAGUGUCCAGUUGAUAGUUCUAUUGUCAUGUCUGUUCCUGGGUAAUUUCACUAUUGGCUUCGACAGCAGUUGCAUUGGCACCCUUCUUGUGAUUCUCACCGAUCACUUUGAUGCUCUUCAGGAUAUUGGUUGGUACCAAACAACAUACUUGUUAACGUUGUGUGCGCCUAUCUUGAUCAUAGGUCGACUGUACACCAUCUACUCUAUGAAGACACUUUACGUGCUCUCUUUAACAAUCUUUAUCGCCGGAUCAAUCCUUACUGCUGCUUCACCAACUUCCACUGCCUUCAUCCUAGGUCGCGCGGUGAGCGGCCUCGGUGCAGCAGGAAUAAACUCUGGCAUGUAUAUCAUCCUUGCACACACCGUUCCAUUACAGAUCCAACCCAGCAUAUUCGGCAUUUGCGGUGCCGUGGAGUGCACAGCACUCGCUUUUGGGCCACUGAUCAGCGGAUCAAUUGCCCAUGCCGAUAAUUGGAGGAUCAACUUCUGGACCAUCGUGGGUCUAGGGAGCGCUGUUGCAUUAGGCGUGUCCGUCAGCGUAGGCCAUCUACGCCAGAAUGUAGAUGACAGACAACUCAGCGUCGCUCGAAGGUUGAAGAGUCUCGACUGGUAUGGGCUGGCCACAGAGCUUCCUAUGACGAUCUGCUUGAUUCUGGGUUUGCAAUGGGCUGGUACAACGUAUUCUUGGUCGAACUGGAGGAUUAUCCUCCUGCUCACCGUAACCGGUCUACUUGCCAUCCUGUUUUUCGUGGUUGAGCAUAUCGGUGGUAGUAACAGUAUGAUACCGUUACCAAUACUACGACAGCGAAAUGUCGCCCUCAGCUGUGUGGUUGGCUUUUGUAAUUUUGCCGCUUUAUGGAUCUUUGCGAACUACAUCCCCAUCUAUUUUCAAGUAGUGCGUGGAGCAAACACCCUUCAUUCGGCUUUGAUGUAUCUACCAACCACGGUCAGUAUGUCCAUCUGCGCGCUAGCUAGUGGACAUUUUACAUCUAUAAUCGGUUACUUCAAUCCAGCGUUACUUUUUGGCAGUGCGCUGAGUGUUGCUGGAGCAGCAUUGAUGGCCACAUUCAAACCUGAUACACCUGCAGGACGAUGGAUCGCUUACCAGAUCAUCUACGGUAUCGGCGUUGGUAUGGCAUUUCAGCCUCCUUUCAUCGCCCUGCAAACCGUGCUUGAGAGGCCACUUGUUCCUGCCGCCUUGGUACUACUGAACUUUGUGCAGAUGCUUGGUGGCAUCAUCUUUCUAUCCAUCGCGCAGAAUAUGUUCCUGGACAAGCUGGCAAAUGAUCUUGCACAAAACAUCCCGAAUUUCGACCCAGCCAUUGCCAAACAAAAUGGCGCGACUGGUCUGGAGGGAUUGGUGCCCGUUGCUUACCGACCGCAGGUCAUACUGGCCUAUAACUCUGCUAUUACGGAAGUAUUUUACAUCGCACUAGGUCUGGUCAGUGUUGGUCUGCUAGCUGCCCUCGGCCUUCAGUGGCGGUCGAUCAAGAAGGACGAUGAGAAGAAAGGGUGA